CAACGAUUAUAAAGAAAUGAAUAUGGCGCUUCACCCCGUCUCCUCUGUGAGCGUCAAUGGCUGUGUUUCAAAAUUGCUGUUAGUACUGAAAAUCUAUAGUGUAUGAAACGGAAACUAUAGAUUUUUAUUCGCUCAACGUAGGCAAACGUAGGUAUAGGUUGCUGAAGAGUGGGGCGAGUGUUGCUAGCCGGCAGCCAUUCCCUCCACGUGCAGUCAGCGUGCUGUAAAAAGAUUUCGAAAUGGCAUCACUGGAAGUUCGAAGUGCAUCUGCAUAACAGUGUGUAAACAUGUGUAAAUGAAGUGCGUCGAUGGUGGGCGCGGUGUCGUCUCACGCUGAUGCUAUGCGAAGUGAUCUGCUUUAGCCGGGAAGAAGAAUGGAGCUGUUGGUCGCGCAGUACGCUCGGUUCGAGGAAAAUAUACUACGAAAUGUCAAACGCAAUCACAUACAGCACCGACCAAACGCAAGCAGUGGAUUAUGGCUAGGUGUUUUGGUCGGUCUGAGCGCUGUGGUCACGAUAUUGAGAGAACAGAGCAGUUACUCCGAGAUAUGUCUUCUUAUAGGAACCACGGGUUUUGGUCUUGUUCUGUGUUGUGUAUGCCUUUACGCUCGACUUUCAAUGAAGCAGAUUGUUGUGAAAGACUUUCAUGCUGUCUACUUUGUACCUGCGAUUAUAACAUCUGUAUUAUUUCUACUCGCUGCUAACAAAGGAUUAUUGACGAGUGUUACGUGGGGUCUAACCGUCGCAAGUUUGGGCACAUGGGGCGUUCUACAACUUAUGUCAGCUUUUCCAUGCUGCUUCACAAUGGGAGAAGCAACAGUGGCUACGCACAGUUUUAUCUUGUUUUUGAUGUCGGCUGUUACUAAUUUACCCUUGCGAUAUCAUUUACCUCCAAUUCAUGACAAUGACAUAAGCACAGUUGUAUUGCAGGUUGUGAUAUUGUAUACAGUAUCGGUAUGCUUCCUGUGUGGAUAUUUUCCUGUUCUCCGCAACACAACAUACUUUUAUUUAAUGAUAAUCAGCCUUUUGUGUUUUGUAACUCUUCCGAUACUUUACAUUAUUCUUGAUCAAAAUCCGUUAACGUGGGUAGUUUUUUUUGCUUUCGGCAAUCGUGAAAGGAUUGCAAUAUUUAUGUACUGGGCAGGAUGUUUUCUACUAAGUAUUUUUAUUUUAAUCUAUCAGACAUCGUCAAAAUCCCAUGCUACAAAUUUGGUUAGAAAGAAUUUUCAUAUAUUAGCUACAUUUGUAUAUAUUCCUGGUAUGAUAUAUGAUCCUUCACUAUUGUAUUUUGCCAGCGGCGUGAUGUUUAUAAUCUUUAUUGCUCUUGAGCUAAUUAGACUUUUGAAAGUUCCGCCUUUAGGAGAAAUGCUACAGCAAGGAUUUGUUGCAUUUGUCGACGAGAAGGAUUAUACGCUUUCAUUAACAGCUAUAUACUUAUUGUGUGGCUUAUCGUUACCUCUUUGGAUGCCAACUAAUAAUUUGACGCUAGUGAUAUUGCUCAGUGGCGUGCUGACGGUAGGGAUUGGUGACACCGCUGCGAGUUUUGUCGGUAACAGAUGGGGUGUACACAAGUGGUUCGACACAGAAAAAACAAUCGAAGGCACCGUUGCAUGCGUAUUUUGCCAAGUUUGCGCAAUACUCGUGCUAAUGUGUUGUGGUUUUAUAGACGAUAACUGGUUACUUCUGAGAAGCAUCUUAGCAAUCGUGUCAAUAUCAUUAAUCGAAGCACGUACAAAUCAAGUGGAUAAUUUGGCUAUGCCGUUAUUAAUGUAUGUAUGCCUGAUGGUAUAAGUGUACAGAUCGUUCUUUCCAAUUCGCGAGAAUAGUUCAGUUAAAUUAAUUUUUACGAAAAUUUAUCAAUAGCGAAUAUAGUGCUGAAAAAAAGUAAUUAGUUGAAAUAGGAAAUAGUAAUAGAAAUAUUUAUUUAAAAGAUAUACCUAUAAAAAUACUAUUUGAAAUAUGUAUUGUGUAACUCUUAUCCGUUUUUGCGUAUUGCAUCUGCAAAUAUAAGCUGUGUUCCAAUAUAAAAGUAUUGAAAAUCUAUAGUAUACGUAAUAGGAACUAUAGAUUUUCAGUAUGGGCAAUGAAUUUCGGAACGUAGCUACAUAAAAAGUGCAAUGUCAUGUAAUCAUGUUUAAUGGAGAUUUAUCUGUGUAUCUAUAAGUUUUUGUAAUAGAAUUUCUGUUUCUGUCCGCAUUCUGUAUGCAUUAGAUACUGACGGUAUCUAUUUGGAUUGUAGAUACCGUAUUCCGAAACACCGAUAUCCAUUUAAAUCGGCGUUUCCUAGGUGAUAUCGGACUUCAAAACAAACUAAUAAGAAAGAUUUGAACAGUUAUGUAUAAGAGACAUAGACGAGAUCGGUGUCCGAUCAUUAGAUGUAUUUUAUCCCGAGGAACAUUUUUGUUGAAAACUGAUUUAAUCAUCUUUUAUAAUAAAUAAAUAUAAUAAUGAUAAUGAUAAUAGAAUUAAUAAUAAUAAUAAUAAUAAUAGAAUAAAUUUUCAUGUAUUUUUGUACUAAGAAACGUAUGGAAUGUGUGUUUGCAUUAGCAAUUAAAAUCGAAGAGCCGGUAAAUCGUGAACAAAUAUAGAUAAAUCUUGUUUGGUUCUGCAAUCAGAUGUGGAUAGAUAUUUAAGGUAGUUUUAUCAUCAAAUAAGAGUUCUAAAAAAAUUUUCAAUUUUUUACAUAACAUUGUUCAAAUUAGUAUUUGUUUUAAAAUAUGAAAGCCGACUUUCAUAUUUUGAUGUGAAAAAUCAAGUAUAAAUUAUUGAAUAUGAGAUUCUCGAAUUGAAAGAAGUACAUAUUUCUUUAACUUUUGUACCUGAGAUCUUUUAUAAAGAAUAUUUCCAACAUAUUCUUUAAAUAAUUUAACAUUGUGUUCAUGACCAAAUUUAUCUACGUUCUAUAACUGGGGUAUAUGUGUACUCACUGUCGGAAUUUCGUCUUUCGACUAUGCACAGGAUAAAAUGGUGUCAGAUGAUGCCAAGAAAAAACCAGAAACAAUUCUUUACUACAAUAGAUACAAAGCUGGAGUCGACACAAUGGAUUAGAUGAUUGAAAGAUAGACAAGUCAGCAGCGUACUUAGAGGUGGCCUCUCGCUCUUUUUUAUAAUAUCAUAGACAUUGCAACUCUUGCAGCUUAUAUUAUUUAUUACGAAAAUAAUAAAAAAACUAACAAACGCAGAAUAUUUAUGCGAUAAUUAAGUCACGAACUUUUUCUUCCAAUAAUUGAGGAUUGAUUGCAAAAUUUACAAUCAAUGAAGUAUUAUAAUGUAAAACUGGCAGUGCAGACUAUUUUCGGUAGGCCAACAAAUCCUGUUCCUUCUGGAUCUAAACAAAGAGGAAAUGAUAAAAACAGAAACAUAUUUACUGGGUCGUGUCAUCUAUGCUAUAAACAAACUAUUAAAAGACGCAGAAAAACACGAAAAUCUUGUUCAGAAUGCCAAAAACCAGUGUGUGAGCAUGCUAUUAUAAAUAUUACAAAGUGCUUAGAAUGUGAUAAAUAGAUAAUUAUUACUGUUUGUUUAUAAAAAUCUUUGUUUUUAUUUAUUUUACAAUCCUUUUUAUUAAUUGACUUUAUAACUGUACAUAAAUAAUAUAUUUCUACUAGUACACGUGUACUCAAGUUGUGGCUCAGGCGUAUGUGAACUUUAAUGCAAUAUAUUUUUUAAUUUUAGCUUUACAAAAAUUAAAGUAAAAGCAUAUUUCGAUAGUAAAAUAAUCAAAUCGCGACGCUUCGGGAGCGAUUGAAAAAAUGUUGACAGGAACAUAAAAAAUUUUCAGAAAAAUUAGUCAAGUGGGUAUAUUUGUACACGGUCAUGGACACAAGGGUUAAAAAGUAAAUUAAAAAAAAAAAGUCGAUUAUUUCGACUAAAAAAAUUAAAUUGUUAGAUCUGAAAAUUUUUACUUGUGUAAAGUAUAGUUGCUAUACCUCGAGUGCGUGGCAACGUCACAUGGUAUAUUCAAUAUAGUGAACUAUAGCUACAGUCAACUUCACACUAUAAACACUUUAAGCAUUUGUAAUGUCAAAUCGAUUUCAACCUAUGUGUAAAUAUGUAAAAAUUAAAGAGAAAUUAGUUUUUUUAGAAAUAAAAAUGCAAUGUGGAUUAUUGUGGACUAUUGUGGAUUUCCAAAUUAAAUAAUUUGUUUUUUUGGGGGGUGGGGGUGGAGUUUACUGUCACAUUCGUUAGUGGAUAUUUUAUACUUUUGACUGUAUUUGAGUUAUUUUUUUAUUACUCUGUAUAUAGUGUGAUCUAUAGUUCCUUUGUUGUACAGAAAAUGAAAUGACUCUGUUGAAAAUGAUUCGUUUAUUGUAAUAAUGCAGGUUCAGUUUUUUAUCUUCUUGACAGUUAAUGCCAAUCACUGUUGCCAUGUUUUUGGGAAAACUUGUAUUGUGUAAAAAGAACUCCGAAAUUGUUACUUUUUAUUUAUUAAAAAUUUACUAUAAAAGCAAUCUAUUUUGUUUAAGUAAUUAUUAUAUUUUUAAUUAUGAAGAGUAAGAGUUUUUCUGGCAAAUUUAAAGCCCCUUUUAAGCAUACAUGAAAUCCGAUUUUACAAAUAUGAUAGUACUACCUUAAAACUCGUCGCGUAUAGAAACAGAGAGGAUUCAUAUGUCUGUACAUAGAUUCGGAUAAUUUUCGUUUGGUUAGGAAUCAGUUAGAUAUAGUCUUUUAACGUCUUUGCAUAUAUAAUUUUAUAAAACCUAACACUUUUACUUGUAUCCAUAAUUGUAAGGAAAGAAAUGUAUGAUAAAACUGUUAGAAACAGAUAGAAUGUACGUUCUAUUCGUUCUAAUAGAAUUUUUUUACUAGGGAUAUGUCGCGUUCAAGAAACUGGACAAAACUAGCAUCGCUUUAAGAAACAGAAAAUAGUAAAUAAAAAGAAAACAAAAUAGAAAAUGCUUAUUUAUCCGUAACAUGUCGAAAUGUAAAACAAAUAUUUUAUUUUAGAGUAAAUGUAUAGGUAAAUUCUGUUUACUUUUUUAAUAUUUACUUCACAAAAUGCUUAUUUCAAAUAGUAUUUUUUAGAUGCAGCCUUAAAAUAAGUAUUUCUAUUGAAUCUAAUUUUUCCUGGAUAUUGGGUCACUAUAGAUACAAUCAUUUCAUUACAUAAUUAUUUGUGAUUAAUUGCUUUUUGUAAUAGAAGUGAGAAUAUAUAAGUAACUUAUGCAAAACUCAACAUUUUUAUGUUGUUUAUAUUAAAAAUUAUUAAUUAAUUUGGAUCGAUAUCUAAUCAUUGUACUGUUUAUUAAGUACCGAAGACAAUUAGUCAUAAAUCAGAAUUACAGAAUCCAAAAUUAAAACUGACAAGAAAUGCUUAACUUGCAAGUGAUUUAGCAUGAUUCUGAUUUACUUAUUUGUACAAUACGCGUAUUUGUUAGAAAGAUAAGGAUGCAGUUGUAAAUUGAUGUAAUCAAAUGGAAUUAUCUUUAUACAUGUGUUAAACGGUGAUAAUGUACAAAUAUUUAUAUUUACAGUGUAACACAUAGAUUUUUCUGUAUGCAUACAUACAUAUAUACAUACAUACAUACAUACAUACAUACAUACAUACAUACAUACAUACAUACAUACAUACAUACAUACAUACAUACAUACAUACAUACAUACAUACAUACAUACAUACAUACAUACAUACAUACAUACAUACGUACGUACGUACGUACGUACAUACGUACGUACAUACGUACAUACGUACAUACGUACAUACGUACAUACGUACGUACGUACAUAUAUAUUACAUCUACAGAAUCGUACGAUAUGUAAAAAGAUUGUAUUGAUAAAUGUAAUGAAGUGGUCAGAGUGAAGGCAGAUGUUAUGCAUUUAAGCUUUACUAACUUACAUUUAUUUAAAAUCUGCGAAACACCGAUUAUGUGCCUGAUAUAUUUCAUUCAUUCCUGACAAAGCAUUUUUGUAUAUGAAUCGUGUGAACUUUCUGAUGAAGAGAGAAUUGCUAAUUAUAUAAAUAAAGAAUUAUUUUUCUAUUUU